AUGGCGGGAGGAGAAGGUCUCCGAGUUUCUUGGAUGGCCGCAGAGGUGGUAUUCUUCGACGUGGAGACGACCGUCCCCAACCAGCCGGGCAGGAGGUUCUGGAUUAUGGAGUUUGGGGCCAUUCUCGUUUGCUCUCGGAGGUUCGUGGAGUUGGACAGCUACUGCACCCUCAUACGGCCGGGGGACCUCAUGGCGGCGCCGGAGACGUCGGGGAGGAGCGACGGCAUCACCCGCGGCGCCGUCGCCGCCGCGCCGACGUUCGAGGAAGUGGCAGAUCGGAUAUUCGACGUGCUCAACGGUGAGUAUGGAAGAGGAGGUUUGAAGCUGGUGUGUGGAGUGGGGAGAUUGAGCUCUCCAUGUGUUUAGUGGAUUUAAAAGCGAUGAAAUGACAGGGAGAGUGUGGGCGGGGCAUAACAUCCAGCGCUUCGACUGUGCGAGGAUCAGGGAGGCCUUCGCAGACGCCGGACGCGCUCCUCCGAUGCCCGCGGGGAUCGUCGACUCCUUGACGAUAUUAAAUCAGCAGUUCGGUCGUAGGGCCGGGAACCUCAAGGUGGCCAAGAUCUCUACUCCUCGUCGUCAUCAUCAUCAUCAUCAUCAUCAUCUCUCUCUCUCUCAACACUCGUCUCAAUUCUCUCUCUCUUCAUGUCUCUCUCUCCUUCUAUCUCUGACCACCCUCUCUCGAUCUCAUUCUCUCCCUCUCUCUGGAGAUCAUUCUAAUAUAGUAAUAAAAGCUAAUAAAUACAUGAAAAUAAAUGGGUAUUUUUCAGUACCAACAAAUGAUAUCAGGGAUAUGAUUUCUAACCAUAUUUUUUAUAUCUUCGGUUUGUUUUUCCUCCUCGAAGUUACGUUAAUUUUCUUCAAAGAGCAUUAUGAGUAGGAUCAAAUAUUAAUAUAAUGGCUCGAACAAGUAUUCCUUUACUUCUCGGGAAUGCAGGUGAUCAUCACCCCAUUUGAUGUAUUUUUUAAAAAUUCAUGUCUUCAAUUUCCUUUCAGAUGGCAACCUUGGCCUCUUACUUUGGGCUCGGAAAACAGAAGCACAGGUAACAGCUAAGCUUAAGAAGCCUAAUUUUUAUACGUCUCAAUGCACCGGCUACCCGAGGGCCCAUGUUAUCUUACGGUUACCUGGAUUACUGAGUGACUGACUAUCUCUCUCUCUCACUCGUCGAUGUUCUGACGUUUCAUCACUGACGCAGGAGCCUGGAUGACGUCCGAAUGAACUUGGAGGUCUUCAAGUAUUGUGCCACAGUAUUAUUACUCGUAAUAUUCUAUCACUAGCCAUAUUUUCAAUGUGCAGAUUUUAUCCACGACAAAAUAUAUAAUAUUUGUUCCUAAGAAAACGGGAAAAAAUAUCAAAACUUUCUCAUUUUGAAGUCAUACACCUUUCAAAAUAUGAAUUACUCGUAUCAAUAGGGUUUCUAUGAGAACGACAUGGACGAGUAAGUAGUUCAGAGGAACCCUGCACCCGGCAAUCCCUGCCAGCACAGAGGAGUUUUCAAACCCAAGGAAUUUCCGGCGGAGCUUCUGAGUGCAGCCCGGGGGCUGCGCUGCCGCCAAAGAUUUCCUUCGUCCUGCAUGCUCAUGUGGACUCCGUGGAUAUCUCGCAGGAAUCGAGCCUGCCGCAGGUUUUAUCGAACGACGGAGGCGUCCAUGGCCCGGCUGUUCUAACGAGGAGCAGGGCCCGCGGGGAGGAGCUGGCUGGGAAGUCUCCUCCCCGCUGCCCCACACCCCCGCCGCCGCAGCCGCCGUCGCGGAGACCUACUCGCAACGGGAAGAAGGAGAAGCUCGCCGGAAAGGUCGUCGGCCACUCCUCUGAUUCCCUCUCCCUCUGACCGUCUGAAGAAUGACGAGACCCAUGGAAACCCUCGUGCAGGCGAUCGAGGCGGCGAAGGGGAUGGCGAGGUGCGCAGGCCAAGGGAGGCCGCCCUCCCUCGCCGGCCUUCUCAGGCACUCCGGGGCUCUGAUCAGAUGAGAGCUUCUUCCGGUUUUUCCCUGUUUCUUUCGUUGGUCAGAUUGUAAUUUUGUUGCGAAAAAAAUAUUAUUUUCAUUCUAAAUUGACAAAUGGGAUUGUUGGUGGACCGCAAGGGCUCGAUCGCUAGCUCAGUGUCAAAAUAGGGCCCGAAUAGAAAGAUCGCUAGUUCAUGUGGCUGCUGCAUGAGUAUACUUUAAACUUUGGUUCAUUUCUUUUAUAUAAAAAGUAA